GUCCUGGAGAAAGAGCACGCGCCCGGUUGCGCACGGCUCCUUUAAGACGCACGGAGGAGAAUGUGAGAGUAGAGAAGAGACCAGAGCACGGCGCCGCUCCCCCCCCCUCCAUCUCUAUCCGGUUCGUGCGUCUCCGGACGCUUGGAGAGACGACAUGGAGAUCCUGUAGGGCUAUUUCCCCACGCUCUUCUUCUUUUUUUUGGUCUCCUCCUCAUACUCCGGAAAUCUGAUCACGGAUACCGAUUAUUGCCGAGGUAUGAUCAUGGUUUAUUGAGGAAACGAGGUGUGGAGGUUGCCGGUUGCAGCGGUCAUGCAGUGAGUCGGAUCCGGUGUGAGUGCGCUGCCAGGCCGUUGGCAUGGCCCAGGGAUGAAUGGUGAAGGGUCGCCCGGCAGCCCGGAGCUCUCCUCGUGCCCGCUGCCCGACUGGAAGGAGUUCUGCGAGUUGCAUGCCCGUGCCUCUGCUGCAGACUUCGCCCACAAGUUCCGUCAAUUUGUCACAGAGAACCCAUGCUACGACGCACCGGGAGCCGACGCUAGCUUCUCACGUCACUUCGCUCGACACUUCUUGGACUGCUUCUCUGCUGCCCUAAAUCAGGCACAUCAACCUGGCUCACCUGGUGCUUCUUUGGCACCCAAGUACGCAAUCGCACCCUUUGCAGGGAUUCAGGGCUGCCCGCUUCCCUCCUACAACCACGAGCUCUACCAGCGCCGGAAAGACACAGGUGCCUCUAGCGAAUCACUGGAUAGCAUGGACAGCGGAGGGGGUGGAGCCUCUGCAAGCUCCACCCUCCACGGGCACAGGGUGGCAGCGCUGGGUCAGUCACGAAGCUCGGAGGAUGUUUCCAUGGGUCACUCGAAGGCCCGUUUCAAGAAGGGGUUCUCGUUGAGGAACAUGAGUCUGUGUGUGGUAGAUGGGGUGAGGGAGAUCUGGCAACGCCGGGCACCUCCCGAGCUAGAUACAGUGGGCACUUGUGUCAGGAAGUCAAAUGGAGCAGAAGCAGGUGGACAUGAGCAUUGGAGCCAGAAGCUGAGGUGGGCACGGGGCUUGCAGGGUCACCGUGUUGAGCUCCUGGAGAUCCAGAGGGAGGGAACUCUGCGCUACAUGGUGGCAGAUGAUACUAACUGUAUGGGCACUGCACAGUGGCAGAAGUGCAGGUUGCUGCUCAGGAAGACAAGAACCAGCUUGGAAGGUGGCGAGAAGUUCCUGCUUGAGUUUUAUGUACCACCAAAGUCCUCCAAGCCGAAAGUGAGCGUGCCUUUGUCUGCCAUUUUGGAGGUGAGGACCACGAUGCCACUGGAGAUGCCUGACAAAGACAACACAUUUGUACUCAAGGUGGAAAAUAGCGGCGAGUAUAUCUUGGAGACCAUCGACUCUCUUCAGAAGAACUCGUGGGUUGCUGACAUCCAGGACUGCAUAGAUCCUGGGGACAGCGGUGAUGACAUCGAGCUUGCGUCAUGUCCACACGGACAACCGUCCAAAGAAUUCUCCAUGGUGGCCUCCUGCAGCUGUGAGCUCCUGUCUGAAGGUGUACACCGGGGUCCUGAGAGGUCGUGUGCCGCAGCCGUCGAUCAUUACAGCGCCCCUACUGUCCGCUGCAGGGAACCGCCGUUCACACAACACCCCUCUCACGUGCCCUUAGAGCGUUUUCUGCAGCUACCCGAGGCUCAGAGUACAAGCCCAUCAUCAGGUCCUGGUGACCCUCCUGCAGAGACGGAGGUGGCUGCCAGUCUCAUCGGUUACCCAUGGUUCCACGGGACUUUAUCACGCGUGCGAGCAGCACAGCUGGUACUGGCAGGCGGAGCUCGGAGUCACGGCCUGUUCGUGAUCCGUCAGAGCGAGACGCGGCCUGGAGAAUACGUGCUCACGUUUAACUUUCAGGGAAAAGCCAAGCAUCUGCGGUUGUCGGUGAAUGAAAAUGGCCAGUGCCACGUCCAUCACCUCUGGUUCCAGACGGUGUGUGACAUGCUGAGGCAUUUCCACACUCACCCAAUCCCGCUGGAGUCCGGCGGCUCUGCUGACAUCACGCUGCGCUCGUAUGUGCAGGUGCAGCGCAAUCCUUCAGAUGUUCCCAACGUCGCCACUCCUUCACGGGAACCCAGCUGCCGGAGCGAAGCUGCUCAGCCGAACCUUCAUCUUCCUGGAGUCUCACAGCUUCCAGCAACCCCAGUGCACGAGGCUCCGCUCUCCUCCAGCUCCUCUUCCUCACCCACAGCCCAUGGAGGUCUCCGAAGCAGGAGCAACAGCUCUGAAAGACUGCUGGAACUCCCUGCCGCCGCCACCACAGAGGAGUACAACGACAACGACAGCACUCGGAGGACCAGAGCCGUGGAGAAUCAGUACUCUUUUUACUGAGCAAGAGCAAGAGAACAACAGCAUGCAGACAGGAAAUACGUACGGGAAUAAGCGCAGCUUAUUAAGAAACAACUUAUACUUUUUUGUUAUUUGUUGCCAGCCUUUAAUGAAUACAGUAUUUCCUACGUAAGAGAUUUUCAGACGCGUUAUUAGUGGAGUCGAUUAGUAGAGACGCUCUUCAAGGACUUUCUCGUCGCUUCAGGUAUCACAGCUGUAUCACAGUGUGUAGAGAAGGAGUACGACAUACUUCUUCUUAAAGAACAGACAUACUGCACAUUCGGAAGCUCUUCGCAGCCAAAUACCCUUUUGUUGUCGGUUAGACAUGUAUAAAGAUCAGAGGUCCUGAGGCACCUUUACAAAAACUUACAACAUCUGAUAGUUUCCAACAUAGCCUCUGAGUUUGAGAAAGGGAUUAUGAUUGGAACCUCACAAGCAUAUAUUUGCAUAAUUGAUUCUACUUUUUCACUUAAAAAAAACAAAAGCCAUAACCAAAUGAAGAAGGAAGUUGUUUGAAGUCCCUUGUAUGGCCUUGCAUGGAAAAUAUCAUAAAUUCUGGACAAAAAUUUAGCUUUUUUUUGGAACAAAAAUCAUAUAUGGGAAACACUGGAAAGCCAAAAAACCCAAAACGGUGUAUCCUCAAAGGGAAAAUGUGACGUUCUGUUUUAAGUCUCCUUUAAACACUUACUUUGGACUGAAUUUUAGGUUUUUUACUAUUUUUUAAAUUUUAUUUUCAAUCAACACCAAGCCCUAAAAGCAGAAGUGUGCUCUUGGCUGGUCUCAAUCUCUGACCUGAGGCUCAGAUCAGUGCAGAUUUUCUUUUUUUUAUUAUCUUUAGGCUUUAGGUGUAAUAUAACCUGGAGUUCAAAUGGAUUUAACCAGGGUUGUUGUAACUCCACAAAAAAUCGCCAAUAUUAUUAAAUAUAAUAUUCGGUAAUAUAUUGUGUAGAUCAUCUCCGUUACGUCUGUUCCAGUUACAGCUUGUAACGAGUAACAAAAAGUGGGAAAGAUCAAGGGGUGCAAAUACUUAUGCAAAGUGACACAGUGGUCCCACCAGCAGCAGCUUAGGAGUUGAAGAUAGAUUGAUCGAACAUGAUUCCCCGAAAGUGAAAAUGUUAUUGGUAAGAAUCGUAUCUUCCACCUGCGUCCCUGAAAGACGCCCUUCAGUGACUUCGAACAUCUUUCUUUUCUUUUUUUUUUAUCACACCGUCCAUUGUCCUGCAGUACAAUACACUAUUUUUUGUCCCCAAAAGUGAAAGUGAUGACUUGGCUGCUACUCAACCACCCUGAAGUUCUCAUCCUGAACAUACAUCCUUUCUUUCCAUACUCUCUCUCUCUCUCUUUUCUUGGUCGUCAUAGCGAGUGUGUUGAUCCUGCUCUGUGGAGUUUGAUAUCCAUAGAGGAAGCUGUCGUGUUGAGACAUCUGCCAGCGGUUAGCUUCCCGCAAGCCGUUUCCUGCAGAUGCCUCUUGCUCCCACCUUUCUUUCUUUUCUUUUUUGUUUCUUCUUAAAAAAGGGCUUUUAAGAAGUUAAAAGCUGCUCAGAGAAAUCGAUUUCCCCAGAGUGCUCCACUUGUGUUUGUGAAGCUGUUGAUAGAACGUUCCGGACAUCCUGUCCUUUGGGCUUUGCGGAGAUAACUUCCCACAACUUUGCCGUGGGGGUGAAGUGGGUCAGGCUUCAGAAGUAAAGUGUUUAGCAAUUAACCAGGAAAAAAACGCUUUCUGUUUUGUAAAAAUCGAAUACAAACGCUAUCACGACGAUUCUUAGCGAGGGAAUCCGAAUGCUGGCACGUUUUAAGAGUUCUUUGGGAAGGUUUUCAACCCAGCGUGAGCUACCUAUGUUCUGUUUGCCGUGAAAAAUCCAUUCAUUUCACAUUGUACAUAAAAUAAAAGGCCUACUAAUAAGCUACUAAUCCGGAGUGCUCUGUAUUAUUCACCCUGCAGAAAGGGAUUGUAGUUCUGUAAGGAAUAAGGGCAGUAUAUCAGCACUAGAGGAAUGACAGAAGGAAUUAGUUCAUUAAUGAGUUGUAGUUUUCGGAGUAUUGAGCGAUUUUGACGUCACGAUAUUCACAUCAUGAAUAUCGAUUUGAUAUAGUAUUGAAAUAAUGUAAAAUAGCCUGUUUUUUGUUUUUUGUUUUCUUUCCCAAAUUAGACAAAAAGCCAAAUUCACACACAAAAUAAUUCACUUUCGCUUUAUCUGAUAUUUUUUAAACAUGCCAUGAUGACAACAUUGUACUCUUUGCGCUUUCUUGAAACCAGAUAAUACGAAUUGCAAGAAACAAAAUAAUGAUGAGGUUCUAGGAAAAUAAUCAAUCCUUACAUUUCCGACAACAGCAUCCGAAGAGUGAACGUUUUUUUACCCCUGACUGUUAUACCCUGACCAUAUGACUCUGAGACUCUCAGAAUCUCCUCACAGAAAACGUCACCAUAGCAACGAUUACAGACGUUUUAUAAUCAGUCUAUAUGAAGCAUCUACAACCUGUGUAAGCUGUUACUAUAGCAACGACGGCAUGUUAGAAAGAGUGCAUUAAUGAAAUAAUAAUAAUUAUAAUUUUUAAAAAGCUGAAACUUGUUAGAGCUGCUGUUUUAGGAAAUUCUGACCAAUCAGAAUCAAGAAUUCGUACAGCAUUGUGGUGGAUUGGAUUUUAAUCGAUAGGAAUGGCCCAUGGGUUUAUUCAGGAAUUCGACUCACCAGACACACACACACACACACACUCAGUUUAAGGCAGACAGGGAGGGACAGAGCCACGUGUGCCAAUCUGAAUUGUAUUUUUGAAACCUAUUUAUUUCUCAGCUGCUGUAAAUAUAAUUUUCCUACAGAGAUUUUUUAGUUGUGUAUUUUCACCCUUUAUGUUUAUAUAUAUAUAUAUAUAUAUAUAUAUAUGUAUGUAUAUGUCAUUUUAGUUUUCUUAUGUUAAUAACUGGUUUUCUUUUUCUUGUUGAUAUUUUUUGGUCUGGCUGAAU